AUGUCCUACAAGCCCAUCCCCAAAGCCGAGUACGACGCAGUCGUCGCCCACGUCCAGCAUUUCUACGUCGAGGCCAUCACCCAGGCCCAUCCCGAGCGCUUCGCGCAGGGAGCGCACGCCGACGCGCGCAUCCAAGGCGCCGGGCUCGACGAGCUCCUCGCGCCGUUCCUCGCUGGGAGGGGCAACCAGCCGGAAUGGAAGAGUAGGAUCGACGUGCUCGGCAUCACGCCCACCACGGCGGCGGUGCGUCUCGAGUUUGAGUGGGGCACGCCGCCUGCGUUGCAGGGCUACACGGAUUUCCUCAACCUCGUCAAGUUUGACCAGGGGGGUUGGAAGAUUGUCAACAAGGUGUUCCAUGGGUAUCUGGAGCAGUAG